CUGUUUCUCUCACCCAUCGGAUCCCACUAUCACUCCCCAUAUUUAGACACCCAUCCCCUAACUUUCUUAUAUUUCCCGAUUAGGACCCAAAAAAUUCUCGCCCCAAUAUCGUAGCUAAUUCUUAUUCGGCCCCGCCGAAUUAUUCUAUAGCAUCCUUUAUUCCUUAGGGUGUGAUUUAAGUCGUAAGCGUUGUUCGAUUUGGGCGCAAUCAGUGGAAUUAGGGUUUUGGUUGUUGUUCGGAAUUGGUGCGAUGAAGAUCGUGGAAUUGGACGAGGUGGAGUGUGGAGGGGACGACAGCGUUUCGGGGAGGCAGGUUGUGAGGGUCGACGCCAAGAGAGCGCUGGUCGGAGCCGGGGCUCGGAUCCUUUUCUACCCGACACUUUUGUAUAAUGUGCUUCGCAACAAGAUCGAGUCCGAGUUCAGAUGGUGGGACGAAGUUGAUCAGUUUCUGCUGCUGGGUGCGGUUCCAUUCCCCAAAGAUGUUCCACGGUUGAAGCAGCUUGGUGUUGGAGGUGUUAUCACUCUGAAUGAACCUUAUGAAACUUUGGUUCCAACGACCUUGUAUCAUGCCCAUGAGAUUGAGCACUUAGUAAUUCCCACAAGAGAUUACCUCUUUGCUCCUUCAUUCGUGGAUAUCAACCGAGCUGUGGACUUCAUUCACAAGAAUGCAUGUUGUGGUAGAACUACUUAUGUUCACUGUAAAGCUGGACGAGGAAGGAGUACAACCAUUGUUCUCUGCUAUUUGGUGAGGUACAAGCACAUGACACCUGUUGAUGCCCUGGAAUUUGUGCGGUCCAGAAGACCUCGGGUUCUGCUAGCCCCCUCUCAGUGGAAGGCAGUUCAAGAGUACAGCAAGCACCAACUAUCUACAAUGUUAUGUUCUCCUUCGGGGGAUGUAGUUCUGAUAACGAAAGCUGAUCUUGAAGGGUAUCAUAGCAAUUACGAUGGUAUUGCUGGUAAACAGCUGGACAUUGUUCCCAAAGUGGUGAAGGCUCGGCCCAUGAUAGCAAGAAUAUCUUGUCUUUUUGCAUCCUUGAAAGUUUCUGGUGGUUUUGUACCGGAACCUAGGCGGCUGCCAGUGCCAGAAGCACGAGCUUGUUAAGCCUUGCUGCACAUCAGAAAUUUGUAAGGAGAUGGUUACUUGAUCCGAAGAGCAUUAUGGAAAUAAGUUUGGAAUGUUAUUGAUUUUCCAUCUUUGCGGUAGCUUUGUGUUUGAGAGAGAGAGAGAGAGAGAGAGAGAGAGAGUAAAAUGGCAGAUAUCUUUAAGUUUGUGUAGGACGCUGGAUUGAUGGGUGAGGCUUGCUCUGCGGUAGCUUUGUGUUUAAGAGAGAGAGAGAGAGAGAGAGAGAGAGAGAGGAGUUGGGGGGUGGGGGGGUUCUUCAAGAUUAUGUAUGACACCGUAUUGAUGGGUGAGGCAUGGCUCGCAGUUCGACUUGUAGAUAAAGUGUUGGAGCAGUCAAUUCUCAUUUCCGUAAUCAAUUUGCUUAUACAUCUCCAUGGUUUGUACCAAUGUAACAUCAAAAAAGAUUAUGUUGACAUCUGAAAUCAGUAGUAGUUCGCUUUCAGCUCAUGUUGACAUCUGAAAGGCCGCAAGAUUAAGCGGGUUGACUCUUCCUUUAUUUGCUAAUAUCACAGGCUGCACGAUACAAGGCGUGUAGUGGACUGGAUACUUGAGAAAGUAGAUUACAAUCUAUCGUUUUCACACCAAGUGAGGUUGGUAAAAGAACAGUUCCUCGCAAAA